AACAUAACUGUUACACCUGCUUCAAAUGCAACUGUUGCCUGGCAUUUUUCGCUAGUACAGACCUCCUCCUGCCUCUGAAAGAAACAAUUUAGAUUUGAAAUGCCAUUGCCAUCCACUACUCAUCUCAAUCUCACAGCACUACGUAGACAAGGCCAGUUGAAGCAGGCGCUGCACAUUCUGCUUACUACGUACAACCCCCCUGAAAACUCCUCUACAUAUCUUCAAUUAUUGCAGGCCUGCAUUCUCAAGAACGCUCUUUCACAAGGGAAAAAGGUCCACUCUUUCAUCGCUCAGAGGCGAUUUGCGUCUCCUACAAGUAGAACUUUCCAUAAUAACCUUAUCAACAUGUAUGUCAAGUGCGGAAGUUUGUUUAAUGCUCGAAAAUUGUUUGAUGACAUGACAGAACGAGACGUCUGCUCAUGGAAUACCAUAAUUGGAGCAUACCGAAGUAAUGGGUAUCCUCACGAGGCGGUCACACUGUUUCAUCAAAUGCAACGAACAGGUUUUCAACCCGACCAGUUCACAUUUGCCAGCGUACUUCCAGCCUGUGCGAAAGUGGGCGCUCUGGAACAGGGUAUGGACGUGCAUCAAAGUAUAAACGAGAGAGGAAUUUCGUCAAAUGUUGUAGUUGUGACUGCCCUGGUAGACAUGUAUGCAAAAUGUGGAAGCAUAGACAAGGCACGUGAAGUGUUCGACAAAAUGCCUCAAAGAAAUGUGGUUUCUUGGAAUGUCAUGAUUGCAGGAUAUGCACAAAUGGGAUAUAAUGAAAAGGCUUUAGAAACUUACAAGCAAAUGCAAUUGGCCAGUGUAAAGCCAAAUUCUACAACCUUUGCUAGCAUCCUCCCUGCCUGUGCCAAAAUCGGAGAUCUGCAACAGGGUGUGGACAUCCAUCAAAGCAUAAAGGAAAGAGGAAUCUCUUCAGAUGUUGCCGUUGCAACUGCCCUGGUAGACAUGUAUGCAAAAUGUCGAAACAUAGAAAAGGCACAUGAACUGUUUGACAGAAUGCCUAAAAAAGAUGUCAUCUCAUGGACUGCCAUGAUUUCAGGAUACGCACAACAUGAGUUUGCUGAGAAGGCUUUGCAAAUGUUCAAGCAAAUGCAAUUGGCAGGUGUAAAGCCAAAUUCAAAAACCUUUUCCAGCAUACUUCCAGCCUGUGCGAAAAUGGGUGCUUUGGAACAGGGUAUAGACAUCCAUCAAAGCAUAAAGGAUAGAGGAAUUUUGUCAAAUGUUGUAGUUGCAACUGCCCUCGUAGACAUGUAUGCAAAAUGCGGAAGCAUAGACAAGGCACGUGAACUGUUUGACAGAAUGCCUGAAAGAGAUGUCUUCUCCUGGAACACAAUGAUUGUAGGAUAUACACAAAAUGGGUUUGUUGAAAAGGCAUUAGAAACUUUCAAGCAAAUGCAAUUGGCAGGUGUAAAGCCAGACUCCACAACCUUUGCCAGCAUCCUUCCAGCCUGUGCCAAAAUGGGAGCUUUGGAACAGGGUAUAGACAUCCAUCAAAACGUAACGGAACAGGGUUUUUUGUCAGAUGUUGUAAUUGCAAGUGCCCUGGUGGACAUGUAUGCAAAAUGUGGAAGCAUAGACAAGGCAUUUGAACUGUUUGACAGAAUGCCUCAAAGAAAUGUGGUCACAUGGAAUACCAUGAUUGCAGGAUAUGCACAAAAUGGACUUGUUGAAAAGGCUUUAGAAUCUUUCAAGCAAAUGCAAUUGGAAGGUAUCAAGCCAAAUUCCACAACCUUUAUCAACAUCCUUCCAGCCUGUGCCAAGAUGGGAGCUUUGGAACAGGGCAUGAACAUCCAUCAAAGCAUAACAGAAGAGGGAUUGAUGUCAGAUAUUGUAGUUGCCAGUGCCCUUGUAGACAUGUAUGCAAAAUGUGGAAGCAUUGAAAAGGCGCGUGAACUGUUUGACAGAAUGCGUCAAAGAGAUGUAGUCUCAUGGAAUGCCAUGAUUGCAGGAUAUGCACAAAAUGGAUUUUGCAAGGAUGCCCUCAAAAUCUUUGAAUUAAUGAAGCACUCUGGAACAUAUCCUAACAUUGUAAGCUUUGCUUGUGUUUUAUAUGCAUGCAGCCAUGCAGGUUUAGUGGAUGAGGGCUGUGCAUACUUCAAUCAUAUGAGUAAACCUUAUUGCAUUACACCUACGGUAGAUCAUUAUGUGUGCGUGGUUGACCUUCUUGCCCGUGCUGGCUAUCUUGAAGACACCCUUAACUUCAUCAUUAAGAUGCCAGUUAAACCUGUGGCGGUUGUGUGGAUGUGUUUUCUUGCUGCCUGUCGAUCGCAUAUGAAUAUCGGCUUGGGAGUAUAUACAGCGAUGCUGCUUUUUGAUUUGGAUCCUACAAAUUCUGCAACUUACAUUCUUCUCUCAAAUAUCUACGCAGAAGUGGGCAGGUGGGCUGAGGUUCAGAUGGUAAGGAAAUUGAUGAAAGAGAGGGGAAUUAAUAAGAUCCCUGGAUGUAGUUGGAUUGAGGGCCAAGGUCAAAACUUGUUACAGAUGAAUUAACAAGAUCCCUGGAUGUAGUUGGAUUGAAGUCCAUAAAAUGGUACAUGCUGUAUGUGGAGGAGACAGAUCACAACCAAUGACACGCAAGAUCUAUGCAAAGUUGGGGAAAUUGGCUUCCGAGAUGAAGGCAGAAGGGUAUUGCCCACAUUCAAGACAUUUACUUGAUGUGGAAGUGGAGGAAAAAGAACUAUUUCUCUGCCACCAUAGUGAAAAGUUAGCAGUUGGAUUUGGUUUGUUUAACACACGCCCUGGAACAACAAUUAGAGUUGUUAAGAACUUUCGAGCAUGUGCUGCUUGCCACACUGCAAUAAAAUUCAUCUUGAAGAUAGUUGUGAGAGAAUUUAUUCUGAGAGACGCAAAAUGUUUCCAUCAUUUUAAAGGGACAAUGCUCUGGAAGAGAUUAUUGGUGAUGCGAAACGAAGCAAUCUGAAAAAUAGGCGUGCACUGUAAUAAUGUGCACCAUAGUUAGACCUGUUUUAUUUAUUGAAUUGUUUUCAGGAAAACUUGAAAACUGGAGGAGGUGGUGGGGAAAAAAAUUCAGAAGGUAAGAAACAUUUCAAGUGAAUGGGAAGCUUGACCAGCAUUAAAUGGUAGGAGGGUUCUCAAUCAAUCUUUUCUAUUUUGCAGUCCGUUCGAUUUUGUAGUUCUUGUCUUUGGAUUAAUUGUAUUAGCUUUGGAUUACAUCAGGUCCACCAUUUGAGAUCGGAUAAUUUUAUGAGUACAUGUAGUUUUGUCUCAUAUAUGGGUAGAUUUUUCUAAUGGUGAUUCAAAUCCA